AUUUUUUUAAAUAAAUAAUGAGCACCUAAUAGACUCAAAGACCUCAAAAAUAAAAGCUUGAUCCAACAGAUAACCAAUUGCACGUGUCAUCAAAGAAGAGUGCUAAGGAAUUCAUUUUCAUCGCUAAAAUAUUUUUGAAGAAAUUCAAUAGUGUUGAAUUACAUGCAUUAGGUGAAGCCACAAAGAUCAGUGUUAGAGUAGCUGAAAUUUUGUAGAGAUAAGGUAUUGAAAAUCUUAUCCUCUAGGUUUAAUUACAAUAUCUAAGAUUAAUUCUUUCACAACCGAUAUCGAUGGAAGAAAAAGAGUGAAAUUGGUUAUCAUUUUGCAAUUGACCUAAGGUGGAAAAGUGAGAAUUGAUCAAGAAUUAUAAGCUUGAGUGAUUAAGUGAUGGCAAAUAGUAUACAUAUAUUAAUUUGUUUAUAUUUAUC